AUUGCUUUGCAACACUAAAAAUCAGCACCAGCAAACGCUGAAUUUUAGUUUGUUUUAGUUACAAGAUUCGCGAAAACCUUUUGGGGAAAUUGCUAAAUUAAGUUGCAAAUUAACGGAUUGGAGCACUUCAGACGUAGUGCGUUCUAAACAAUGCGCAGCAUGUGGCCGCAAACGCUGGAAAUGUCCCGCGACGAAUGUCGGGGCAUGCUGCGUCGACUUGAGUUAGAAUCGUAUUCGCAUGUAAUAAGCGUUUUUCGCGCCCAAGGCUCGCUAAGCGAACCGAAAGCAAAGCUGCUCGAGGAGUUACGCCAACUGUUUCAUAUUACCCAGGAACGUCAUCGGGCGGAGGUGCGCCGCGCUGCCAACGAUGAACAAUUAUGCACAAUUGCCGAGAACGUCUGCGGUCCGAACACAUGGCAGGAAUGGUCACGUGAAGGUCGUCGCCCAUAUCCGCUGCUGCCACGGAUUAGUCCGCAGACUGCCCUGAGCAUUGUGGCCAACGAUUUGGCUGCCAAGGCCUAUGCGGAAAACAGCAAACUUCCGCCACCAAAUGAAACUGGGGCAAAUCUAAGUGAAGCGCUACGAGAACAGGCAGCCUAUCAGACCCUUAAGCAUGGCAUAACAAAACAUCAGGAGCCAAUCGUGGUCAUGGAUGAGCCGUUUAAGGUGCCCGACUUGCCAAACGAAAUAAAGAAGGCUACGCUAAAGCGCAAGGAGAAUGAGAGCAGCGACACGAAACCGAAUAAGAAACGCAAUACACAACAGGUACAGGUACAGCUGCAGCAAUUGCCAUCGCAGCUAAGUGGGGGCAAGGAUGAGGAUGGGCAACUUGUGCCACUGGAGCAGCGUCCCAAUGCCCGUACGCUGCAGCAACGAUAUUUCUAUCAGCAGCAACAGAAACACAAACAACGAUUGGCUAGCAAAAAGGGCAGCGGGAAUUCGUUGGCCAACAAUAGCAAUGUUUCCGGUGUCGGCAUUAAUACGAAGCCGGCUAAGAGCGGCCGCCGGCGAGCACAAAAACAGCUGCAACAACAAAUGCAACAUCAGGAGCAGCCGCAGCAUCAGCAGCAGCAACAACAGCAAGAAAAAGUAUUACUAUCCACGCCUGUAACAACGCCAGAGCUAUCAGCACAUCCAAACGCCAAUCACUUGGUGCAGCCGCACGUGGAAUAUAUUUUAGAUGAGGCGCUCAAAUCGGUUGCGGCCACCAAAUUAAAAACGAUACCUGCCGCUCGCGUUGUCUAUGGACCUCCGGAGAUGCUCUCUCCGACGACGCCGCGCACAUUUGUUAAUUCGCCCAUUGUUUUCAAGGAGAAAUUAUCGCCGACGACGCAGACGAUUCAGCCGCCACAAUUGAGCACACCUGUUAAGAAAUACAUUGUAGAAGAACGACAGCCAAUAACCGGCAGCACGCAGCCAGCGUCCGCAAACAUCUCAACGGCUAACUUGCCGCUCGCGCCACAGAUUAUAAGCGUUCAGCAAAUAGCAGCCCCACCGAAAGUACGGACAACGGCAAGCGGCACCAUUUUGCCAGCCGGCACCAAGCUGACGCCGAAGAAGAUCAAUCUGAUCGACAAGCAGCAGUUGCCUUCCGUGCCCAACACAGCCGUACGUCUCUUGCCCUAUGAGCAGCAAUCGGCCGCCAGUCCAGCGACGUCCAUCAACAAUCUCGGCAGCAGCAAGGCGCCAGCCACAGCUGCAGUGCAAAAAUACAUUGUUGAGGAGCGAGUGCCCAGCCAGACUGUGGCUAGUGUGGCCAGCACACCGUUGAGCAGCGCCUCGACUGUGAAUAUUAUAAAGAAUAUACCAGCGAGCAGCUUGAACAACACGCUUAUCACGCCCUUGAGCAGCUCCUCGGGCACGCCUGUGGGACCGCUAUUCCGCAAGGCGACGGCGACAACAACAAGCACAGCGGCGACGUCGGUGACGGCAGCUGGCAGCAGCAGUGGUGCUGCGGCAUCGACUUCACAGAUAUUGGGCAACAUUAAGCUGACCGGCGCCGGCGGCAUCAAGCAUGUGCCCAGCAGCGCGCUGCGCAACAUCAAGAUCUGCUCGCCCAACGGCAAACUGUUCCUGCAACCGGCCAAGCUGCAUUCGGGCAGCAUCAUACACAAGCUGAAUCCAUCAAACGUUGCCGCUGGCGCGGCUGGUGUUACUGUCAGCAGUGCUGCUGUCUCGCCCACUGGCGCCGGCACGCCCUCCUCGCCGCAGUCGUCGCAGCAACGAAUAACGAUACAGAAAAUGCAGCUGCUGACGCCCACUCAAGUGAUCUCGAGUGCCGCGGGCGGCACGAGCAACGUUGGUGUCGUCUCCACGUCCAGCAUUGCGAGCAGCGGCAGCAAGGUUAAACCCACGACAUUGACGCUCGGUGCAGCAGGGGUUGGCAAGAAUAAUUUGGUGUUUCUACCCACGAGUGGAAUGCGAGCAGUCACACUGGCCUCCAGCAAACCCAAGCCCAGCGGCGAGCUGCUUGCGGCCAAGCCCAAUGUGCUUGUCAUUGGUCCAUCAACUUCUGUCAAUGCGGCUAACAAUUCACAAGCAACGGGAACGGCAACUGGAACGGGCACAAGCCCAGGCACGGCAACGGCUGCGCCGUCAUCUGCAUUGGCAAAGUCAAAGCCGAAUCAGCUGAUUACAGAAGAUACGCCUAUAGAUAUUAUUAAUAUGCCCAUCAUUGUGGCAGACAAUGGCGCGCCAGAGACGAAGACGUCGGCCAAGUCGGCGCCAAUGGUGGUCCUCAAUGCCACGGACUGGGAGAUGGAGCUGGAUCAGGCAUCCAAAGCGGCAGCUGCUACGAAUGCAACAGGCACAGCAUCCACAACAAUGGCGAAUGAUACAAAGAGCAAUAAGCAACAGUUGGAUGAUGUCAUUGUAGAGGAUGCAGCAGGGGAGGACACGGAAAAUGCAAGCUCCCAGCUCAAAGAUCGCACCAUAGAAAUUCAGGACGAUGGGGACAGUGCCAUUGAAUAUGUAGACAUGGAGCUAGAGCAGCCCAUUGAGAUUGAGUGUACCAGCAACAUAUCGCCAGAGACAAUGACGACGACCACCACCACGACCACAUCUCUCAAAGCAACUAUAAUGCCACCCCUGGCGGAAGAUGAGAAAAAGCUGGACCAGCCGGCAACAGGAGAACAAGGAACGGGGCAAGCAGCUGUAACGACAACAACGAUCCCGGCAAAGACAUCGACGCUGCCAUAGGUAGUCCGAGGUGUCCCAACUGUUUAUUUCGUUAUAGUUGCUCCAUGUACGCACAAACAGACAUAUAUACAAACACUCACACACUCACAUACAUACACACACAUAAAGCCCGGUUUAAUUAGGAUUCAGUUAUUAGUUUAGUAGACCCAAGUUCUUUAAGCAAAGUGCAACAUUAUAAUUACUUGUAAAUGUAUUUGAAAAAAAUAUUUGUAAAAAAAAAGGAAAAAUGAAAACAGAAAAAGCUUGAAUAUCGAUUAUGUAAUUUAAAACUAUGUGGAAUUUUUGAUUCUUGUUUUGAAUUAUUUAAACUUCUCCAAGCUGCCACCAUCGAAAUAUCAUCAAAUAUUUGUAUACAUUGUAAAUAGCAUAUUUCUCUCAUUUAGUUUUUAGCCCCUCGAUAAGUUCAUUACAUAACUCAAACACGGAAAGAAACUGAGAACAGAAGCGUCAAAUCAUAAUAAUUAAAGUGUGUGUUUCAAUGAGAUUAUAGUUUUAGUUCAUUUAUGGCCGAUCUAAAUGCAAAAUGUAAAUAUUUAAGCGAAAACAAGAAAACAAACAAAUAUGAAGAAUUUUCAAAAUGCUACAAGCCAUAUAAAUUCAUGUAUAUGUAUCGUGUAAAGAGCCGAUUAGAGAUUAGUUACCAGGACAAAAGUUUAAGAAAAAAGUUGAAACAAGAAUAAUCCAACACACUCAUACACACACGAACACACUCACACGCAUUAAUAUAUACAUAGACAUUUAUAACUACGUACGAACAGUUUAAAUCUUAAGUAUUUUAUGCAUCGAUUUUGUAAAUCUAAAAA